GCACAGGACGCACAGCCCUCCGGAGCUCUGUUGAUAUAGGCAGCUCCGUCCUUUCAUCGGAGGUUAUGGCUGAGGACUUUGUAAAGAGAAGAGAAGCGGACAACUCUGGUUAUUUUAUAGGAACUAUGCGUUAAAGUUUGUAUGCGCAAAGCCUUUAUGCGAAAUGUUCUUUUACGCAGCAGCUGUGAUGAGCUCUGAACCAAGAAGGCUUUGAACCUGCUACAAUGUCACACGCACAGGUUGAGAUACCAGGACGCGGUUUCCCAGGCCUCUCUAUGGAUAUGACCGACGACUGCCUAUCCCGGGUCCCAUCCGUGCUCAGGACGCACGGUUUGGGCGCACGGAGAAACUCUUAUGGGCUGCAAAAAAUUAGUAUGGACAUUGACUCGCCUCUUUAUAGCGGCGCCCUUUCCAAAGCCUUGUCCUGGUCAGCUGAGAAUAUUCUAACGCUGCCCGAGUCCAGAGCAGAGGAUGAAAAAACCGACGACUCUCCACCGUCGCCGUCCCCUGUCUCCAGUCCGGGCACCAGCUCCAACACGCCCCCCUCCAGCCAGGAGCCAGACGCCAGGUCCCUCGAUGGGAACUGGGAUCCAGUGCCGAGAUCCACCGCUCCGGACGCCAGCUCGGACUCUGAAAAUGAACUCGUUCAGAGCAAACAGCACAAGAUCCUGUCUCGCAUCACGUUUGAUACUCAGUGGGAGCAAGAAGAGAAAGAGGAUGUGGAGACCAAAGCGGUGGCAACCUCACCUGAUGGAAGAUAUCUCAAAUUCAACAUAGAGAUCGGGAGGGGAUCUUUCAAGACGGUUUAUAAAGGACUGGACACUGAGACCACCGUGGAGGUGGCAUGGUGUGAGCUACAGACUCGUAAACUGACCAAGGCGGAACGACAGCGUUUCAGCGAGGAGGUGGAGAUGCUGAAGGGGCUGCAGCACCCGAACAUCGUCCGCUUCCACGACUCCUGGAAGUCCACGGUGAAGGGCCACAAGUGCAUCAUCCUGGUGACUGAACUCAUGACCUCAGGCACGCUCAAAACGUAUUUGAAGAGGUUCAAGGAGAUGAAGCUGAAACUGCUGCAGCGCUGGAGUCGUCAGAUCCUCAAAGGGCUUCACUUCUUGCACACGCGCACUCCUCCCAUCAUCCACCGGGACCUCAAAUGUGACAACAUCUUCAUCACCGGCCCCACUGGCUCCGUUAAGAUAGGAGAUCUGGGGCUGGCCACACUCAAAAGUGCCUCCUUUGCUAAAAGUGUCAUUGGAACACCAGAGUUCAUGGCCCCAGAGAUGUAUGAGGAGAAGUAUGACGAAGCGGUGGACGUCUACGCCUUUGGAAUGUGCAUCCUGGAGAUGGCCACCUCUGAGUACCCGUACUCCGAGUGCCAAAACGCCGCCCAGAUCUACCGCAAAGUCACCAGUGGCAUGAAACCUGACAGUUUCUACAAAGUCAAAGUCCCAGAACUCAAGGAGAUCACUGAGGGCUGCAUUCGUAUGAACAAAGAUGAAAGGUACACCAUUCAGGACCUCCUGAACCACCCCUUCUUCCAGGAGAACAAUGGCGUUCAUGUGGAACUGGCAGAGGAGGACGACAUGGUGAAGUCGGGCCUGAAACUGUGGCUGCGCAUGGACGACACCAAGAAGCUGCACGGGAAGUACAAGGACAACAACGCCAUCGAGUUCCUCUUUGAGCUCUACAAGGACGUGCCUGAGGAGGUGGCUCAGGAGAUGGUCGUGCUUGGCUUCGUGUGCGAGGCAGACUUCAAGCUCGUGGCCAAGGCCAUACGGGACAGGGUGACCGCCAUCAAGCGCCAGAGAGAGAAGCUGAGGCGGCAGGCGGAGGAGCAGAGGAAGAAGCAGGAGCAAGAAGCCCUAGAAGAAGAAGCUGAGACUCAGCCGCCCUCACCUAAAGUCGGCCACGUGGUUGCAGCAGAGUCCCCCACCCCGGCCCUGACACCUCCGACCCCCAUCAUGUCCCCCGUCACCAGCUCUGUGGACUCUGGCGUGAGCUCCAACUACCCUGCAGAGCCAGAAGAGCCCGAGGCGGACCAGCACUUCCACAUCCGCCACAACAGCCUGUCUUCUGCUAAUUCUGACUGUGAGACGGACGGCUAUCUGAGCUCCUCUGGGCUUCAGGAUCCCCUGGAGGCCGGCAGCUUCAACACGACCCCUCCCACCACGCACACCGACAACCCGACUGCAAACGGUCUCCCCAUCCCAGCCCUCCGCUUCCCCUCGAGUAUUGCAGUAUCCAACAACAUAGAACAUGGCAACUCAGGGCCCCAGAGUGGCUUCAACUCCCCCGUGGACAGCUACGCCUCCGACGUGACAUCAGGCUUGAGUGACGGCUACGAGGGCCUCUCGGAGAAGAACGAAAAAACGGCUGCCAGGCGAACUGCUGGGAAGCUGUUCAGGAGGAGAGCGCGAUCGAGGCUGCGCAUCACAGGGCUCUCCGAUAAAGUGGAUCGGGUGGUGGAGUGCCAGCUGCAGACACACAACGACAAGAUGGUGACCUUCAAAUUUGACCUGGAUGGAGAUAACCCAGAAGACAUCGCCGCUGUCAUGGUGCACAAUGAGUUCAUCCUGCCGUCAGAGAAGGAAGGCUUCAUCCACCGCCUGGGUGACAUCAUCAAACGGGCUGAGGCUCUGAUGGCGAAAGAACAGCUGGUUCAUUCCGGCGGUCACCGACUUCCCCAGCCUGCUUUCCACAACGGGGUUAACUCGUUGUCUUCCUCUCAGCCUAAUCUGCACAGUCACACCCUGCCUCGAACACACUCCUCCUCUUCUCUGCCUGACUUCAGUGUGGCUAACCCGAGUGUAGGGGUACGUGGCUCUCCUCCGUGCCCCAAUGGAGACGUCUUCAGUGCAGACAUUACUUCACCUGCGCGACCUCUUAUACGCUCGCAGUCUUUCCACAACGCCCCAGGGUCUCCCCUCCAUUAUCAGCACCAUCACCACCCUGCUUCUCUUCUGCCCCACCACCAGCACUACCACUUGCCCUACAUGGGCAACACUCACUUCCCAUUCCCAUACCCAGGUACUUCAGGCUCUCCAAAAACAGCAGGGAUCCAUCCUCCCCUCACACGUGUAGCCAGUAACCCCACUUUCCCCUCCAUUUCCUCCCCAGCCCCGGGCUCCCCAAGUCCUCUGAAUGAGACCCCGAGCCCCGGCAGCAAUGAGAGCGUCCCCAUGUCCCCACCUGCGGCUCAGCAUCCCAACAUGUGGCCCUCAGACACGCAGCCCCUAUUUUCUUUGGCUAACGUCAUCUCUAUGGCCAUGAGCAUGGCCCAGUCUUUCAUCCCUCCUGCGAGCCUGUCCACCCAGGGGAUACCCUCCUUUCCAGGUUUCCACCCCCAGCUACCCGCUCACAUGACCCCACAGUCAGGGUACCAAUCCGUCUACCCACAACAUUACCAGACCACGCCAGCAGAAGUUUCUUACCCUACACCUGGCAUGCCAGCUCAGAACAACAUCUACCACAGCCCUGAGAAUACACUACAAAUGGAUGGAUCGGGUUUUCCUCUGAGUAGACCCCCAACCCGCCCACAUGCUGUCUCUCCACUUUCCUUGCCUUCCACUCCUCAACAGGCUCCUCAGGAGCCUCUGCAGCAGGUUGGACUCUCCAGUCUCCCCAACCUGACCCAGGAGGACAGUCUCCACAGUUAUGUGGCCCCGUUCUCUGCCCAAGUUCCAGCCCAGACGACACCCAGAUCAGAAGUCUCCAGUUCAAACUCGUCAGAUCUUUCGCCAUCACCCCCAGAGACCCCAGAAAACACCUUAUCAUCCUUCAGCCCUAAAUUGCAUCCUCCUGUACCCGAGAUGAAUGCCAGUAGCUCCAAACCAAAAGCCUCCUCCACUGCCUCUGAGGUACAGUCGGCACCAGUGACUGUUGGGCGAUUCCAGGUGACGCCCAGCAUGGACAUCCCUGCGCCUGUCGCCAUCGUUGUACCUGCUGCACCACAGCCAGCAGACAGUGGCAGCACCCCAUCAGAGAGCAGCACAGAGGAACAGGGAGAGUCCGAGACCAGCCUGGGCACCUCACUCACCAUGUCCCCUCCUCACCCACAUCCCCACAGAGGGUCGACAGGGGUCCUCCAGGAGGUUGAUGGGCAGACUGGAUGGACUGGUAGUCAGGAGCAGCAGCAGCAGCAGCUGCAAAACAGAGAAGAAGAGGACGAGGAGGAAGAAGAGGAGGCAGGGGUUGUUGGGGAACGACAGAGGACAAGGAAGAGGAAUCGGAGGAGGGCGUACAGCCUCAGCCUGAUGGGGACGUCUGCAGACAGCGGACUCUCAGUGACAGCUGCCGAGAUGGAGGGGAGGCUGUGGGACGGAGCGGCAGGCAGCCCGCAGUACAGCAAUGCCCUUCACCAUUUAUGGAUGAUGACAUACAACCGCAAUACUCCCUACCUAAGCAGUGAUGACUCAGACAGUGAUGAUGAAGAAAUGCUGGAAGAGCUUCAGGAACUUAGAGAGAAACAUCUGACAGAGGUGCAGGCCCUGCAAGCUGCCCAAAAGCGAGAGAUUGAGGAGCUGUAUGAGAAGAUGGGAAAGGUUCCCCCUCCAGGCAUCGUCUCUCCUGCUGCUAUGUUGUCCAAUCGACAGCGCCGCCUGUCCAAGGGGAGCGGUUUCCCCUCGUCCCGCAGAAACAGCCUGCAGCGCUUGGACAUUUUGCCACUCCAAGGUAUCAUUAGGAGAAACUCUCUUGGAGGUAGCAGCAGUGGCUCCCAGGAUAAACCAAGCAAAGGCGUCACCUUUGCCACUGACAUUAGUAGAAUGUAAUAAACUCUCAGCCAAGCACGCUGUAUAUCUAGACUACCUCAUCUGAAGUGUGACUACAAUGGUCAAACCCGUCCUGUAGGAGGAUCGCUUUAACCCUUUCACUGGCACACUGAUCAGAAAACCGCUUCCCUCUGCCAGCGAUCACAAGGUUCUGCCAGUGGUCAUUUACCUCAACGCGUAGAAACUCAUCAGUACAGCUGGAUUCACACAGGAACUGUUACGUCCUUCGUCAGAUCUGGUGAAUUUGUUGCAGCUAAAAAGCACAGAAUACCUGCCAAUCCGGUUCAUGUUGAAAAUGACAAGUUCAUUUUUUCCCUCCUGUAAAUAAACUGUCAGACCUAAUGGUUCACAAUGAAACAACCUCCGUCCUGGUUGCCACAGCGCUCUGCAGACGUCACAUCCCAGUUUGAUUUAAAUGUUUUCUUUUGAGCAAGCUUUUUGUAUUAACGCAGUCAAGUCAUGGCACUUCCUAUGACUUUGACCCAGACUGAUGAUAGUUGCUGUUGUUGUUGCUGUUUUCCUGCUUGUCUGACUCACUGUCGUUAAUCAAUCUGAACACAGUAACGUGAACCACAGUGAGGCUCUGACACUUUCACUGACGGUUGUCGUACACAGAUGACAACAACAUUUUUGGAGAAUCUCACAACUUAUUUGCUGUAGUUUGUUAAUGAUGUCUCGGCACCUGCUGACUGCACAGUUCAUACACUCCCGUUAGUAGAGUUGAUUACUGCCAUCCAGGGGCUGAUGAGAGCAGUCUAGAUGCAUUGUACAGUUUGAUUUAUUCAGAUAUGUAUUAUAAAAACAUGUCGUUGUACAUCUUUACUUCCUUUAGUGAUUUUGACACCAGAUCAGAUGACUAGACUCUGCCUGGAGAGGUAUGACUGCAGUUCUGACAUUUUUAGUGGAAAUUAUUUCCAGGGGUGACGGACGACACCACAGCAGUAUGCUGAAAAGAUAUCAUUUCCGUCAACACAUAUAUAUAUAUGAAGAUGUUUCAGAAAGAAAAAUGGUUGUACAACAGUUAUAAAUGUUGGCAAGUAGCUCGCUUCAGCAAAAAGAAAAUUUUCAAAGCAUCGAAUGGGAAGAAAUGUGGUUAAAUAGUUCAAAAGACUUGUGUAGAGACGUCACAUCAAUAUUCAAAUACUAUAGCUGAUUUAAGAUGGAAACAAAGGAUUUAUUUGUAUUGAUUAGUUGUGAAAAACCCACCUAGGUUAUAGACUACUGGCUUUCCUGUCAAUUGUAAAUGUGUACAUAGUAGAGUGCAUUUAUAGAUUAUGUUUACAAGUUAUGUGUAAACAAAAUAUUUCAGCAACCUUAAUUCUUGCUCAAGCAAAAAAAAAAAAAAUCAUAUUUUGUCGCUUGUUUCAAUAGAUCAAGCACCUUGUGCACUUUAGUAAAUUCUAUUGUAGUUUUCAAUAAUUUAACACAUUUGUGGAUAAAACUGUGUUCACUCGAGGAAGAGCUGAUACGUUUUCCUGUUAUUUUCCAUAAGGGAGUUAAGAGAACAUUCUCCACAAUAUGUUUGAUCACAAUAUUUCGUAUUGGAUCACAGUAAUGAUGAUAUACCCUCCCACAGUUAAAAUAAGAAGUAUAUUGUGGGAUAGAUAAAUCAGUCCAAGCUGUGAAUCUGUAGCUGUUGCCUUAUAAAAAUAUUCACAACACACACACUGAAUGUUAUGGCAGUUAAACUCCUGUAAGAUUUUCCAAAGUUCAUAAUAUAUUCAAAGAAAAAGUUUUCAUUUCAAAAUUUUGAAUGUAAAUAUAUAAUUGUAUUGCUUUCUGAAGCUGCUGUCCUGCCAUGCUGAAUCUGUGCCUUUCCCUUACAAUGUCUUAUUUUAUAUUUUUACUCUCCAGAUUUGGUGGCUAGAUCAGACUCUGUAUAUCAAAUUUUUGAGAAAAAUAAAUGCAAAUGUAAAUAUUGCGGCUCUUUUGUCAUCUUUACUGCUUCACCAAGUGUUUUUUUUUCUUGCAGAAAUACUUACAUAGAGUCAUGAUUGCAUU